UUAUCACUGUUACUUCCCAGCCCUAACGUGCAAAGGGGAAAAGGAAACUCCCGCAAGGAUGAGUACCAUGAAGUUCUGCCGGGAAUGUAACAACAUCCUGUAUCCCAAGGAGGACCGGGAUCAAAAGAUCUUGCUGUAUGCCUGUCGGAACUGCGACCACCAAGAAGUAGCGGACAAUAACUGCGUGUACAGGAACGAAGUCCAUCACAGCGCUGGGGAGCGUACGCAAGUCUUGCAGGACGUUGCGUCGGAUCCUACGCUACCGCGUACAAAAUCUGUUCGAUGCGUCAGAUGCAAGCACGGAGAAGCCGUCUUCUUUCAGGCAACCACAAGAGGAGAGGAGGGGAUGACUCUUUUCUUUGUCUGUUGCAAUCCCAAUUGUGGUUACCGAUGGCGAGAUUCAUGAUCUCGAUCGCUGGUCACUCACCGAUUACAAUAA